UAAGGGCGAGCCGGCGAGUGAGCCGCGGGGCUGCAAGGUCCGCGCCCGAAGCAGCGCGGUGGGAACGAGCCGAGCCAGGCUGCUCGGGGGAAGGCGCGGCGGGAGGAGCGCGGCGGCAGCGGUGACCCGCAGGCCGGCUCCUGUGGGCGGAGGGGCGAGCGGGCAGCUGCUGCUGGGCUGUGCAAUGGCGGAGAGAGGAGGGAGCUGGGGCCGGCGGGAGCGAGCCCUGCUGUGGUGCGUCCUGGUGGCGGCGUGGGAGGCGGCGUGGGGGCAGCUGCGCUACUCGGUUCCCGAGGAGAUGCCGAAGGGCUCGUUCGUGGGCGACGUGGCCAAGGACCUGGGGCUGGAGCUGCCGGCGCUUCGCGACCGCGACCUCAGCAUCCUGGACAGAGGUAGGACGCAGUAUUUCGCUCUGCACGGGAAGACGGGACAUUUGGUGACGGCGGAGAGGAUAGACAGAGAGCAGGUCUGCGAGAGUGUGCAGCGAUGCGUGCUGCGCUGUGAGGUGAUAGUGGAGGGGGAAAUGCAGGUUUACGGCAUCGAAGUGGAAAUCACGGACAUUAACGACAACGCGCCCAGCUUCCGAGAGGCGGAAACGGAGCUGAGAAUGAGCGAGACGACAGCCCCGGGGUCGCGGUUUCCCCUGGCCGAGGCCCACGACCCGGACUCGGGACGGAAUUCGCUGCAGAGCUACGAGCUGAGCGGCGACGAGCACUUCUCGCUGGGCGUGCAGGCGGGCCCCGGCGGGGAUCAGCGUCCCGAGCUGGUGCUGGCGAAGGCGCUGGACCGGGAGGAGGCGGCGUUUCACGAGCUGGUGCUGAGGGCGAGCGACGGCGGAGAGCCGGCGCGGACGGGCACGGCGCGGAUCCGCGUGGCGGUGCUGGACGCGAACGACAACGCGCCCGUGUUCAGCCAGGCGGAGUACACGCUGCGUGUGCCGGAGGACGUGCCCGUGGGCUCCACCCUCGUCACCGUCACGGCCACCGACGCCGACGAGGGCACCUACGGGCGCGUGAAAUAUUCGUUUCAUACCGUUUCAGUGAAAGCCUCGCAGAUUUUCCAGCCGGACACUGAGACGGGAGCCAUCACGCUGGUGCGGAGCCUGGACUUCGAGGAAGGUGACUCGCACGAACUGGAGGUGCAGGCACGUGACGGAGGAGAGCUUUUCGACACGGCCAAAGUCGCGAUCACGGUGACAGACGUCAAUGACAACGCGCCCGAACUGACAGUGUCGUCGUCGCUGAGCGCGAUCUCGGAGGACGCGCCGCCGGGGACGGUGGUGGCCCUGCUGCACGUGCAGGACCGGGACUCGGGGGCGAACGGCGAGGUGCGGUGCAGCAUCGCCGAGCGGCUCCCGUUCCAGCUGGAGAAGUCCUUUGAGGACUACUACCGCGUGGUGACGGCGAGGGAGCUGGACCGGGAGGAGGUGGCGGAGUACAACGUGACGGUGCGGGCGGCGGACGGCGGGUCGCCGGCGCUGUGGAGCAGCGCGGUGCUGGCGCUGCGGGUGCUGGACGUGAACGACAACGCGCCGGUGUUCGCGGAGGCGCGCUACAGCGCCCGGCUGCCCGAGAACAACGCGGCGGGCGCGCUGGUGCUGACGGUGCGGGCGGCGGACGCGGACUGGGGGCAGAACGCGCGCGUGCGGUACCGGCUGUCGGAGGGGCGGGUGCGGGGCGCGCCGCUCUCGUCCUACGUGUCGGUGCAGGCGGAGACGGGCGCGCUGUACGCGCUGCGCUCCUUCGACUACGAGGAGGUGCGCGAGGUGGGGCUGUGGUUGCGGGCGGAGGACGGCGGCGCGCCGGCGCUGAGCAGCAACGUGUCGGUGCGGCUCGUGAUCGUGGACGAGAACGACAACGCGCCGCAGGUGCUGUACCCGCCGCCGGCGCCGGCGCCGGGCGCGGGCUGGGCGGGCGUGGAGCUGGCGCCGCGCUCGGCGGAGCCCGGGGCGCUGGUGGCCAAGGUGGUGGCGGUGGACGCGGACGCGGGGCAGAACGCGUGGCUGUCGUACGAGCUGGCCAAGGCGACGGAGCCGGGGCUGUUCCGCGUGGGGCUGCACAGCGGCGAGGUGCGGACGGCGCGCUUCCCGCUGGCCCGCGACGCGGCGCGGCAGAGCCUGGUGGUGGUGGUGAAGGACCACGGGCGGCCGGCGCUGUCGGCCACGGCCACGCUGACGGUGGUGCUGGCCGAGAGCGUGGCCGAGCUGCUGUCGGAGCUGGGCAGCGCGGCGGCGGCGGCGCCGGGCGAGCCGGCCGGCAGCCUGACGCGGUGGCUGGUGGUGGCCGUGGCGGCCGUGUCCUGCCUCUUCCUCGCCUUCCUGCUGCUGCUGCUGGCGCUGCGCCUGCGGCGCUGGCGCCGCUCGCAGCUGCUGGCGGCGGGCAGCGGCGCCUUGCGCGGCGUCCCGGCCUCGCACUUCGUGGGCAUCGACGGCGUCCGCGCCUUCCUGCACUCCUACUCGCACGAGGUGUCGCUCACCGCCGACUCGCGCAAGAGCCAGCUCCGCUUGUCGGGCGGCAGCUGCUGCGACACCCUCCCGGCCCGGCCGCCGCCCGACGAGCCCGCGCCGCUGCUCGGGGAGGACCCUGCCGGCGCCCGCCGCGCGGACCCCGCCGCUCCCCCGGUGAGUUCCUCCCACCAGCCCUUCCCCGCGGCGCGGCGCGGCGCGGCGCUUCCCUCCGCUGCUUCUCCGCCCUUUCCCCCCGACUUCUGUCUCCUGCCUCGGGGGGUGGAGGUAGCGGGAAGGCAAAGCUUCGCUCAGCGACGCGCGGGGCGCUGGCGCCUCUUGCUCCCGGGAGGUGAACGGGGGAUCGCGGCUCAGCGUGACAGUUGCUGCGGGAGGCAGGAGAAGCGGGAGGCUGCUGUUGCCUGCUGGAGUUUCCUCUCAGGGGGGCUUGCUGCUUUUAUCACGUCGCUGAUGUGUUACAUGCUGUUCACUGACCCAGCCUCUCCCGGAGGACAGCUCCUCUUUUACUCGUAGAGCCCCGAGGUUUCUUUCCAGAAGACUAGUGAGCAGGCAAUGUUAUCUUCCUUCUCAGUACGGAGAUGUAGCGAAAUCUCGGCGAGGUCCGUGGCGUGGUAGUGGUGCAUGUCGAGGACAAAGGGUCUGGGUUCUGGCCCUUUGAUAACAAGUGCUUGCAAACUAUGAGGGUCAACGAACACCAGGCAACUUGUGACGGCUUGGAGACGAGAGUCUUGGGAGGUGUUUGUGAGGGGCUGUGGAACCAGACACAAGAGAUCUGGUUUGCUCCUUUCCCUGUUCGGUGCCCAUCUGUAGUAUCAUGCAAUGUGAGUUUUGGCUUCCC